AUGCAGACGGCACUGAUCACCGCGGAGGCUGCUCCUCUGGCUGGCUUUCGACCUCUCCAGGAUGGCCCGACGCUGGACGAGGUGAUUCCCGGGAUCGGAGACAGCAUCGAAAUAGAUCCGGCCAUCAUUCAAGCUUUGCCACCAGGAUGCUCUUUCAGCAGGGCGACGGCUUACGGCGCAUCGCUGUGGACGCGCACUGCCAAGGUGAUAACCACGGCCCCUGACGGCUCUGAGAGGAAUUUCUUCCUCAAGAUGGCAGCAGGCGAGCUGGGACGGCAGAUGUUCCGCGGCGAGUUCGAAGGCAUGACGGCCAUAUACAAGACCGCGCCGACCUUUGCGCCGGAGCCCAUCGCCUGGGGCUCGUGCCGCGACGCCACGGGCGUGUACUUCUUCCUCAGCGACUUCAUCGACAUGGCCGACGGCGACCUGCCCGAGCCGGCCGCCUUCUGCAGCCAGCUUGCGACGCUGCACCGCAACAGCGUCAGCCCGACGGGCAAGUUUGGCUUCCACGUGCCGACGUGCAACGGCAACAUCCCGCAGCGGAACGGCUGGUGGGACUCGUGGGAGGCGUUCUUCGCCGACGGGCUGCGGUGCAUGAUGCAGCUGGACGUCGAGGUCAACGGCGCGCAGCCUGAGCUCGCUGAGGCGAUGGGGCCCGUGUUUGAGCGCGUCAUCCCGCGACUGUUGCGUCCGCUCGAACAGGGGCCGAACCCGAUCCGUCCGGCCCUUGUACAUGGCGACCUCUGGUACGGAAACAGCUCCACGAACCUCAACACGGAUGCGCCCGUCGUGUUCGACUCGGCGGCGUUUUACGCACACAACGAGUAUGAGCUGGGCAACUGGCGGCCCGUCCGGAACAGGUUCAACAAGGCAUACUUCAGGGCGUACGCGGAGCACUAUCCCAUUGCGCAUCCCAAGGCAGACUUUGAUGACCGCAUCACGCUGUACGAGCUGCGCUUCAACUUCCACCUCUGCAUCAUGUUUCCGGGCUCGGCAGAGGCGGCAGAGGCGAAACAAGAGAUGAUAAGCAACAUGCGCUACCUCGCCGGCAAGUACACCUCGGCAGAGUACAAUGAUGAGCAUGUACGAAUAGAGAAAGCCAAUCUUGCUGCCUUUGAGGCGGACCAGGGAGAGCGUUGA